AUGCCGAGCGUGAAGUAUGAACAGCUGGCGGAAAAACCUGACACUGAAGAAGACGUGUUUACAAAGGAGCCUAGGAGUAAAGGUUCUCAAAGCUGCGUCCAGAGGAGUCUCCUGUCCUUGGGCUUAAUUCUUUUGUACUUCUCACUGUCGAUUGGACUCACUUUCUAUCAGAGAUGGCUGCUAAAGGAUUUCCGGUACCCAUUAACAGUGGUAAUGUACCAUUUGGUGAUCAAAUGGGUGCUGUCCUGCAUAGUCCGACUGGUGCUGGAGCUUGUCACCGGAGUCCCACAACUUAUGCUCUCCUGGUGGGUCUGCCUGAGAUCCGUGGGCCCGACUGGCCUGGCCAGUGGCAUCGACGUGGGCUUCUCCAACUGGGCCUUGGAGCUGGUCACAAUCUCGCUGUACACCAUGACCAAGUCAACAACGAUCAUUUUCAUCCUUGGAUUCGCUAUUUUGCUCGGAUUGGAGAAAAAGUCCUGGUCUCUCGUGGGCAUAGUGCUGAUGAUAUCAUCGGGACUGGUGAUGUUCACGUACAAAGCGACACACUUCGACGCACAAGGGUUCGCCUUCCUGCUGAUCGCGUCGUUCGCAUCCGGCCUGCGUUGGACUUUCGCGCAACUCCUCAUGCAGAAAACAAAACUCGGUCUUCACAACCCAGUUGACAUGGUCUUUCACGUGCAGCCCUGGAUGUUCGUCUCCUUGUUGCCGUUCAUGAUUUACUUCGAAGGAGUGGACUGUUUCACCCACCUGAUAUCGUUGCCUCCUGAGGAGCUGGUGCCCACGAUACUGAAGGUGUCUGUUGGCGCCACCAUUGCCUUCGCCAUGGAGAUUAGCGAGUUCCUAGUCGUCACUUACACAUCUAGUCUCACGCUGUCAAUAGCUGGUAUUUUUAAGGAAAUGUGUAUCCUAGUUCUCGCUAUAGAGGUGGGUGGUGACCAGCUGAGCUCGAUCAACCUCAUCGGGCUGCCACUGUGCCUGCUCGGCAUUGCGGGGCACGUCGUACACAAACUUUUGUUCAUCAAAUCGGUCACCGGUACGGUCGCCGCCAUCGACUCUGAUUACUUUGAGUCGAUGAGUCAAAAUCGAUUAGCACAGACUGACCGUAAAGAGCAUUCCGAACCGCUCCUUGAAGACGAUCUGCGUAGCGAGGUCAGCGACAACGAAAUCGAUUCCAAAAGAAUUUUAUUCGAGGUACAGCAACGACGCGACGGCAGGUAGGACAGCGGCCAAGGCGUCAACGGCUUUAAAAAUGUCUAUA